AUGAAAUCUGCGCACUGGGUUUCUAAGACAGAGAGGCAAUCCAGACCGCGUCCUGACUCCCGUCAAAUAAAGCUUCGCGCUUUCGGUACGCCCCACGAGUCCUUAGUGCGACAGCCACUGGUGAGUGACGAGAAAACGACCUCGAUAAACCCGUCCUCCAAAGCAGAACGCGUGAAAAUAGACCUUGGCAAACCGCUCCCGCUAGAAUAUGAUGCUGUGCAGCCGGAAGUCAGACGAGCGCCGCGUCUCAUAACCAAAAACGACGCGUCUUUUAUAAAACUGGACAGCUCUCUCAGCCCACCCCCGCGAACGCUGAAAUCUCGUCUUUCGAAUCGCGCAAGGCUCUAUGACACUCUCCACGAGAAACCGAAGCACCACAUUGAGCAAACUGGGUCUCCAGAGAGCCAAUUGACUGCCCAAGAGACCGCUUUGUCAGCCAGAGAAAUGCGCCUCAGACGGCUACGCCAGAUCCUGCUGGGAAACGAAAGCAAGCACAUACAAUCUGAAGGCCAUAUAGAGGCAAAAACAGAGCAGAGUGGUGCCUCUGAAAUUUCUGAGCCUGCCCCCUACCCGUCGCAAAGCAUGAUGGACAAUGAAACCCCGGAGCUUCCCAGCAUAAAACCCAAACCGUCAUAUCACUACCACGAGGCUUCCAGGAUCAGAGGCAAGUUUCUAGACAGAAUUCCAGUCAUUUGUGAGAAAGUCGAAGAGAGUGACAUCCCUGAAAUUGACAAGCGCAAAUACCUGGUCCCGUCCGAUUUGACCGUGGGCCAGUUUGUUUACGUGAUUAGAAAGAGAAUUCAGCUGCCAUCAGAAAAAGCCAUCUUCAUCUUUGUGAAUGAUAUACUACCCCCAACAGCGUCGUUGAUGAGCACAAUCUAUGAACAAUACAAAGAUGAAGACGGAUUUUUGUAUAUUCUAUACAGCGGAGAGAACACGUUUGGACAGUUGGAAGGCGUCGAGGAAAUGCUUUAG